AUGAUCCACACCGGGGAAUGGGUCUACGAGUGUGGGGAAUGUGGGAAGGGCUUCAGCUGCUGCUCAGAACUCAUCAGCCAUCAACGCAUCCACACUGGGGAGAGGCCCUACCAGUGUCCCCAGUGUGGGAAGAGGUUUCAGACCAGCUCCGAUAGCCUCCGCCACCAGCGGAUUCACACGGAUGAGAGGCCCUUCCGCUGCCCCGACUGUGGACAGAGCUUCAGCCAGAGCUCAGAGCUGGUGGUUCAUGAGCAGCUUCAUGAUGGGGAGAAGCCCUACAAGUGCUUGGAGUGUGGGAAGAGCUUCAGGCAGAGCAGCACCCUGAUCAGCCACCAGAUGAUCCACACCGGGGAAUGGGCCUACGAGUGUGGGGAAUGUGGGAAGGGCUUCAGCUGCAGCUCCCACCUCAUCAUCCACCAACGCAUCCACACUGGGGAGAGGCCCUACGAGUGUCCCCAGUGUCAGAAGAGGUUUCGGACCAGCUCCGAUCUCUACAAGCACCAGCGGAUUCAUACAGAUGAGAGACCCUUCUGCUGCCCUGACUGUGGGAAGGGCUUCAAGCACAACUCCAACCUCGUCAUCCACCAGCGCAUCCACACUGGGGAGAGGCCCUAUGAGUGUCCCCAAUGCCAGAAGAGGUUUCACACCAGCUCCGAUCUCCUCCAGCACCAGCGGAUUCACACAGAUGAGAGGCCCUUCCGCUGCCCCGACUGUGGGAAGGGCUUCAAGAGGAAUUCCAACCUCAUCAGGCACCAGCGCAUCCACACCGGGGAGAGGCCCUACGAGUGUGGGGAAUGUGGGAAGAGCUUUAGCCAGAACUCUAACCUGAUGUCCCACCAGAAGACCCACACCAGGGAACGGCCCUAUUAAUGUGGGGAAUGGGGCAAGAGCUUCAGGCAGAAGUCUCUCUUGAUCUGCCACCAGAGGAUCUACACUGGGGAGAGGCCCUACGAGUGUCCCAAGUGUCAGAAGAAGUUUCAGACCAGCUCCCAUCUCCUCCAGCACCAGCGGAUUCACACGGAUGAGAGGCCCUUCCGCUGCCCUGACUGUGGGAAGGGCUUCAAGCACAACUCCACCCUCAUAACCCACCAGCGCAUCCACACUGGGGAGAGGUACCUCUACCAUGUAUACCCAGGGUUAGAGGGGCCCUGCCUCUAG